CACACACACAGACAGCAGCAACUCCAACUCCAACUCCAACUCCAACUCCAACUCACUGAGCAGAGCAGCAGCCCACAGACAUGAGUGACAAAGCCUCAUCGAAGGAGCCUGACGUACAGGCACUGAGACUGGUGCUGGUGGGUGUGUGUGGAGUGGGGAAGAGUGCAGCAGGAAACACCAUCCUGGGCAGAGAGGAGUUCAGAUCAGAGCUCAGCUCCUCUGCACUCACUCUGAGGAGCCAGGAGGCGCAGGGAGAGGUGUGUUGGAGAAGAGUCACUGUGGUCGACACCCCAGGCCUGUUCAACACUGAGCUCUCUGACAAGGAUCUGAGAGGAGAGAUCCAGAGAGCUGUCCAGCUGUCUGCCCCUGGACCCCACGCUGUGCUCCUGGUCAUCCAGCUGGGCCGCUUCUCCCAGCAGGAGAAGAGAGCAGUGGAGACCCUGCAGGAGCUGCUGGGAGAGGGGGUGAGCCGGCACACGGUGGUCCUCUUCACUCACGGAGACAGGCUGAAAGGCAGGAGUCUCCAGCAGUUUGUCCAGUUGGAUGAGAACCUGCAGAGGAUCAUUCAGAAAUGUGGGAACAGGUGUCACCUCUUCAACAACACUGACAGGGGAGACGGCUCUCAGGUCAGGGGGCUGUUGGAGAAGGUGGAGAAGCUGGUGUCCCAGGUCGGGUUCUAUGAUUCCUUCUGCAAACAAGAAGAAAAAAAACAGCACCUGGACAGUCAAGCUGAAAAGGGUCGAGAAGAUGUAAGUGAAACUCCUGAUCUGAGAAUCGUGCUGCUGGGGGCACAUGGAGUGGGAAAAAGUUGCUCAGGAAACACCAUCCUGGGGAGAGAAGUAUUUCAGUAUGGGGUCUCCACCUCCUCCCUCACACAGCACUGCAGGAAAGAAACUGGAGAGGUGUCAGGGAGGAGUGUUGCUGUGAUCGACACUCCAGGCCUGUUUGACACAGAGCUCUCCAAUGAUGAAGUCAUACGUGAGAUCCUGACCUGUGUCUCUCUGACCUCCCCGGGACCCCAUGUGUUCCUGGUGGUGAUCCAGCUGGGCAGAUUCACACAGGAGGAGAAGGACACAGUGAAGCUGAUCCAGGAGACCUUUGGACAGAGAGCAGCACAUUACACCAUGGUGCUCUUUACACGGGGGGAUCAACUGAAAGGCAAAACUCCUCAGGAUUUUCUUAAAACAGAAUGUAAAGGACACCUCCAAGAACUGAUGCAAACCUGUGGGAGCAGCAGAUACCACGUGUUCAACAAUGCAGACAUGAGCGAUCGCACCCAGGUGACAGAGCUGCUGGAGAAGAUAGAGGAAAUGGUGGUGGUGAACCAGGGCUACUACGCUAUUGACCUGCAGCAAGACGCCAAGAGGAAGGAACACAGGAAGAGAGAGUCGAAGGCGCAGAGGGGGGAAGUGGACAGAGGGAAGAUGACAAUGGGAAAACAAGAGGAGAAAAAACCAAGAAACCAAGAAUGGAGUUCAUGCCACUUUCAGUAAGAGCCAGACAUGGUCCAGUGUUUUACAGGUCCUGGAGGUCCAGUCAAGUGCAGGUUUAUUGUCUUUUAUCUGAGUACAAUGAAAUGCUUGUUUCCAUGUUUUCCUCACAUGACAAAUGACACAAAAGAUGACAUAAACAAUGACAUUACAUUGACAUAUAAAAUUAUAUACUGUAAGUAAUGACAUCACAACUCUUGGAGACAGGAACAGGGCAGCAGCUAUAAUUUCAACCAGCUUUUAGAUAGCAGCAGUGUGCAACUUUCAGCAGUGGCAGUAUUUUGAGUUCAGUGCAAGAGGAGGAGUUUAGGUCUUAUGGCUGGGGGGUAGAAGUUUUCUUUGAACCUAGAGGUCUGGGCUUUUAUACUCUUAAAUCUUCUGUCAGAAGGAAGAAGAGAAGAGUGUAUUCCCAGGGUGAGUUUGGUCUUUGGUUUUCUUGUUUGCCGUUCUGUGGCAGCGUGUGGUGAACGUGGUCUGGAUGGAGGGGAGUUCUGUACCAGUGGUCUGUAUUCCCACUCGGCUCUUCACAACCUCAAUCAGCCCAUAAUUGUCUAAAUAGGGUCAAUUUAACAGCUUCUCUUAGCUCUCCAGCUGCCACUUGACCGCUGCAGACAUACACUGACCCUCCAGGAGCAGGACUGGACAGGCCACAGACACACUGACCCCCCAGGAGAGAGACUGGACAGGCCUGGUGUAGAGAGACUGGACAGCCCCCAGACACACUGACCCUCCAGGAGAGAGACUGGACA